UCUCUCUCCUUCUUGCUCACAAGCACCAGUACACCACACCAACAAAGCAAAAGCGUGCAUCUCUCUCUCUCUCACUCUCUCUCUCUUGUUCUUUCUGCGUGUCCUUACUUGUCUUCUUCUUCGAAAAUUCUAGCUCCAAAGAAAAUCGCCAUGAAAGGCGGCAAGUCUAAGGCUGAUACCGUAAAAACCGACAUCAGGCUGAAGAGUAAAGGUGCUGGAACGGGCAAGAGACAAUCGAAGAAAGCUGCAAAAGAUCCAAAUAAGCCGAAGAGACCUGCAAGUGCCUUCUUCGUUUUCAUGGAGGACUUUCGGAUGCAAUACGCAAUAGAGCAUCCCAACAACAAGGCUGUGUCGGCGGUGGGUAAAGCCGGAGGGCAAAAGUGGAAGUCGAUGUCUGAAGCUGAGAAAGCUCCUUAUGUGGUCAAGGCAGAGAAGAGGAAGACAGAGUACAACAAGAACAUGGAGGCUUACAAUAAGAAAUUGGCCAGAGGAGGAAAUGGAGCGGAUGAGGAAGAAUCUGACAAGUCCAACUCUGAAGUGAAUGAUGAAGAGGAGGAAGAAGAGGAUGGUGAGUAGAAAGAAAGCUGAGGGAACUCAGCUCAAUUGGUGUAGCGGUUGCUUUAGGAUAUAUUAUUUAAAUGAUAAAAAUAGCUGCUUUUUUUGAAAAAAAAAAUCCUUUUAGAGUUAAUUAGAGAGAGUGAAGGGAUUAGUUUCAGAGGAUUUUAAUGAAUCCCCUAUGGUUCUGUACCUAAUCUUUUAGUUUCAGAUUUGCCUCUUGCUGUUAAUUCCUUCGCUUAAUUUUAUCCUCGUGCCUUUUGGAAGUACUUUAUAAAUGAAAUCGAUUUUUAUAAAUGAAGUCUGGUUCUUGGGCUCUGGGCCCUGACGUGGUAAAUUCUGGAGCAACAUCGUGCCUGGAUGUGUUGGGCUGGCUUCUUGAUGACAUGGAAAAGUUGCGUGUUACGUGCUAUCGUUCGGUUUUUUGACCAGAUACCGAAGAGCAAUGACAGUCAGUAUUCGAAACCUGAUAUGGUCCACAUUUUGGGAUUUUGCUCAAUUUUUGUCACACUUGACAAUGGGAGUUCGGUUGGACCAAAAAUUUAUGUUGUCCU